AGUGUGUGUGUUUGUGUAUGUGGCUGUGUGUGUAUUUCUACCGGGACCAAUCACAAUGUUGUUACACUACUGACAGUGACAUUUCCGCACAAGGAUAUCUCGGUGGUCUAACAUUCAAAAUCAAGAGAGUCUAGCUUCUCCAAUUCACCACUGUGACAUUUUUGCAGAUGCUGGCUCUCCCCCACAGCCAAAUCUGGAGACCACACAUCAUUACAGAAUUUAGAGCAUUAAGGACAUUUCCAUUUUCAUUCAAAAGGUACCAUAUGUAAACACUGAGGUUUGUGAGGCUUCCUGCUUCCUGUGCUCAGCCAAUCCUGGUACAAGCAUGCUGUGCGACCUAUCCCUCAUGCUGGACCUUUCUGAAAGAUGCAAUGAUGUGUUACAAAUGAUGGAUGCAAAUAGAUACGGACAGACAGAUAGAAGGGAACUCGAGACUCUAUACAAAUCCAAGGGACUUGUUUAUUCUGUAGACAGCUGCCCUUAACAAACAGGACAAUGCAGCCUGCUCUCCUCCGUGUACUUUUUACGGCACUUUUCCAUCACUUAAUUAGGGGAAACCCUUGCGAGGCGUCUGAAUUUAACCUUGAUGGGGAUUACCUGGUAGGAGGUCUCUUCCCUUUGCACAACCUGCGGAAACCGUUUGGUGAAAUUAGACCUGUGGCAGUUAAGUGUGAAAUGGAUUCAUUCUCUUUGCCAGGCUACCAGAUGUUCCAGGUGAUGAGGUUUGCAGUUGAGGAGAUCAACAACUCCACCACCCUCCUGCCUAACGUAACCCUGGGUUACCAGCUCUUUGAUCACUGCUCUGAUGCUCACAACUUCCCUGCCAUCCUCCAGUUCUUCUCCCACAAUUCCUCCAUCAAAGCCAGAGAAGACUUCAAACAUCACCUGCCUAAAGUUAUAGGGUUCACCGGUCCCUUCAGUAGCACAGAGAGUAUAACCCUCGCUCCACUCUUUAUGAUGGAUCUCAUCCCAAUGGUGAACUAUGGAGCCGGCAGUUCCAUCCUCAGCAACAAACCUAAGUAUCCAUCUUUUGUCAGGACUAUACCGAGUAACAAAGGUCAGAUUGAACUCAUCAUUCACAUCAUACAACAUUUCGGCUGGAACUGGGUGGCUUUCAUCGGCUCCAAAACUGCAUACAGUGAGAAUGGCUUUCAGCUGUUUUUUGACCUUAUUCAAAACACUGGCAUCUGUUUGGCCUACCAGGAGCUACUUGCUGACACAUCGCAGUUAAACGCAGUUAAAGUAUUUCAGAACAUAGAUAUGCUCAACAUAAAAGUCAUCGUUCUGUUCAUUGAGCAGCUGUCUGCUGAGGACAUUAUCGCCUCAGCUAUACGACUCAACUUUCACAAUAAAGUUUGGAUCGCCAGUGAUGCCUGGGCCAUGAACCAAGUGUUGCCCAAACUACAAGACAUACAGACAAUUGGCACCGUCAUUGGUGUGACGCCAACAGUUGUGACUUUACCUGGCUUUAAUGAGUUUAUUUAUCAGUCGCGACACAGAAGUGAUUCUGUCCACACCGCUGAAGGCUACUGCAAUCAGGUUUGUGAUAACUGUUCCUCCGUCAGCCCAGAGGAUGUCAUCAAUGAAAACCCCACCUACUCCUUCCCCAUUUAUUCAGCUGUGUACACCAUGGCGAUGGCCCUGCACAACGCUCUACAGUGCAACAACUCAGGGUGUGAUAAGAGUCGCACAGUCUACCCCUACAUGCUUCUUCAAGAGAUCAAAUCCUUGCAUUUCCUUUUAAACCAAAGAAACAUGUCCUAUGACGAAAACCUGGACCCAUCUGUACAUUUCUCUAUUAUGUUCUGGGACAUGAACUAUACCCCUGCAAUGAUCAAGAAGAUUGGCACAUAUCACAGUCACCUUUACACUAACUUCACUAUUGAUGACAAGCAAAUUGACUGGAAUGGCGGCGGUUCUGUGCCGUUCUCCAACUGCUCUGUGGAGUGCAAGCCAGGAUACGUCCGAGAACAGGAUGGUCUACAAAAGUGUUGUUUUGUGUGUGUGAAAUGCCCGAGUGACCAGUACUCUAACCACACAGCUGACCUGUACUCCUGUUUCGCCUGCGAUGAGGAUGAGUGGUCCGAGCCGGGAAGCACGUCGUGUCAGAAACGUUCUGUGGAAUACCUUCACUUCUCCGAAGUCUUGCCCAUUCUCCUCUUACUCUCCGCAUCCUCCCUCAUGGUCCUGUCUCUGGCGGUGGCGGUGCUGUUUGCGAUUCACCGCUCCACACCUGUAGUGCGGUCAGCAGGGGGCAGCAUGUGCUUCCUGAUGCUGGGCUGCCUGGCAGCUUCCGCCAUCAGCGUCUUCUUCUACGUCGGCGAGCCGUCAGCUCUUAGCUGUGCAUUUCAGAACUGGACCUUUGUCCUCUUCUACACCGUGUGCCUCUCCUGCCUGUCCGUCCGCUCUUUUCAGAUCAUCUGCGUCUUCAAGAUGGCCGCCUACCUGCCCAAAGCACAUGCAUUGUGGGUAAAGUACAGUGGUCAGUGGCUGGUGGUGGCUGGGGUGUCACUUCUCCAGCUGUUGCUCUGUGGAAUCUGGAUGGCAACAGAUCGGGCCAUUCCAGAGAGAAACACAACUUCCUUCAAAGACCGGGUGUUAUUAAUCUGUUCUAUAAGAUAUUUGAUUGCUCCGAUGUUUUGUGCAUUCUUCAUGUUUAUUCUCAGUGGCCUCUGCUUCUGUUUCUCCUACAUGGGAACAGACCUGCCCAAGAACUACAACGAGGCCAGAGCCAUCACGUUCAGCAUGCUGCUGUUUUGUCUGAGCUGGGCCAUUUACAUCACAGCCAGCAUGGUAUCCCAUAGCAAGUACGUACUGGUGAUCCAGGCUGUGGUUGAGCUGAGCUGUUUGUAUGGCAUCAUGUUCAGCUACUUCAUCCCAAAGUCCUUCAUCAUUGUCUUUCAGCCUCUGAAGAACACACAGGAAUAUUUCCAAGCUGCGAUUCAGAGUUACACACAAACUAUUAGUAGAAUGUAGAGGAUUUGAUGGGUACAUAUUUUAAAUGACAACAGUAGCGUACGUAAUAUGGCUGCCUUUUUAUGCAGAGUAGUGUUGUGAUUGUGAAAUAAAUUAUCUGUCAAAGGACAGCUUUUUGAAGGGAUUCUAUUCUAUCUAUUACACCUAGUAAAGCCUGUAUCCCUAGCAUUCCCACAUAGCUAGCAAUUCAGCAAGUUCAAUUUCGCUCUAUUCAGAUGGUUCGUCGUUGUUUCUUCCUCACUACAACACUUCCGCACUACAACAGCAGAAUGUCCCCUGGACAGGAAGUUGUCGAAAAAGCAUCACCUACUGUAACUGAAUUCCUAGCAGCAGCAUCUCUGUGACUUGAGGCAAAUCUAGUUUGCCAACACCAAACCUACUACUGUUUCACAACCUUCAAUAAAUCUUUUAAAAACA